AUGGUUGAGCUGAAGGACUUGCGGCUCCAGGUGGAGACCCUGGCGGCGGAGGUCCAAAGCCACGCGCAGCUCCUGGAGGCCCUCAAGGCGGAGCAGCCUGCAGAGGCGCUGCGGGAAGAGCUGCAGACGCUGCAGGGCCAGGUGCAGGGUCUGCAGGAGAGCCGCGCACAGGCGCAGAGGCUGGAAGCGGAGCAGGCGAAGCUCACACAGCGCCUCCAGCAGCUCGCGCCGCAGGUUGAGCGACUAGGCUCCGUGGAUGACCUCAGGGAGCAGGUGCGGCGACUGGAGGCGGACAAAGAGGGCCGCGAAGGCACAGUGGCGCGGCUGCGUGACUCGGUGGAGGCUCUGAAACGGCGCCAGGAGGAGUCUCGCCUCGAGGUAGAGGGGGCGCAGCGGGCGCAGCUUGCAUCCCUACGGGAGGAAGUGCGCACCUGCCAAGCGACCCAGGAGGCCUUGGCCAACCGCCAGGCGCAGGCAAAGGAGGGCCACCAGUCCUUGGAGAAGGAGCAACUGCAGUUGGCCUCCAAGCUGCGCCAGCUGGAGACCAUCAGGCUGAAGCAACUGGACCAAGACAUGAAGGUGGUAAAGGAGACUGUCUUGCAUGUGCAGCAAGAGCUCCAGAAGGAGGUGGUGAUUCCAGAGCACAUCCUGCGAGACCUGGAUGCCAAGAACGAGAAGCGCCUGGAGUCCGUGUGGGCUGAGCUCCGGACCCAUGCAGAGGCAGCGGCGACGCGCGCAGACAAGCUGGAGCAGAACAUCACCCUUCGUAUCGUGAAUCUGGAACGGUCGACCACCACACUGGCGAAGUCGGCGGAGCACAUGGGGAAUCUAGAGCAGGAGAUGGCGAAGCAGUCAGAGUGGUUCGCAUGGCGGAUCGCCUGGCUGGAGUGGGCCACCAGUGGAGAGAAGCGGAGCUUUGCCCGUCUGCCGGGGGCUCUGGGGGACGAGAGCCGCCCUAGCUUCACAAUGGGCUUCAAAGGAUGA